UAGUUUUAUUCCAGGACAACCAUUUAAUCGGCCACCAAUUCGGGAUCGCUGUGGUCUAGACAUGUGGACGUCGUACCGGCUGCUGGCGUGGAUACUCGCCCCGACCCUGCUUAUUGGGGUAGGAAGGACAGAGAUGUUCAAGGACCCUGGUUUUGAGGGUUCCAACCCGUCCUCGAACUGGAUCUGUGCCGGGUGUAAAAUGGACAUCAGCAGUGAUCACAGUCAAGGUCAUCAGUCAGUCAGAAUCACCGGAAGACAGGCCGACUGGGCGGGUCCUCAACAGACAGUUUACCUCAAGAGUGGCACACGCUAUUUCAUCCAGGCCCACAUCAAACAACUCAAUGAUAUUCACGGACACUUUUCCAGAAGUACACAGUUCUUGCAGACAUUGAGAAAAAUAGCGGUUCCCACGAUUAUUCUACUAUCCUGGAAAACAAAUCUGUGUACACCAAAUCAGGAUGGAUUGAAUUGUCUUCGUAUUUCCAGUUUUUCAAUUCCGAUUACAAGAGUGUGUCUCUGAGGGUAAAUGGACCAUCCCCAGCCAUCAACUUCAAUAUUGAUUACAUGUCGCUCUCGGAAAUACCCGAGGACAAGAACUGGAAGUCCGAGGCAGACAAGAGAAUCGACCAGCUCAGGAAGAACAACAUACACUUUAAUGUCCACGUGCCAAGUCAUGUGUCAACGGCCGACCUAGAAAUAGACGUAGACCUAGUGAAGCACGGGUAUCCUAUCGGCUCGCAGACAACGUGGGAGGUGAUGACACAACACCCACAGUAUGCCAAACUGUUCUACUACAUGUUCAACUGGGCCACCCUCAGCAACUAUUAUUGGGAGUGGUCGCCCCCACCCAGGCAUAACCCCGACUACAGCAAGGCCACUGCUGAGCUCAAUGUCCUCCACCAACAUGGCGUUCCUGUCCGAGCACAUAACAUAUUCUGGGGUGCUGAUCCCAAGUACACGCCCGACUGGGUGCAGGCUCUGAGUCCGGACCAGGUGAAGCAGGCCGUGGAUGAGCGGAUACAGUACAUUGUCAAGGACACAAAGGGGAAAGUCCAACAUUGGGAUGUGAACAAUGAACUAGUCCAUGGCCACUGGUUCGAAGACAAGACCGGAGACCCUGACUACACCAAGAAGAUAUUCGCCAAGGUUCACCAGGCUGAUCCCAGCGUCAAACUGUUCCUCAAUGACUAUAGCGUCGUGUCAGCAGGAACCGCAACAUCGGCUUACCUGGUUCAGGCAAAGGAUUUCAAGGCUGCCAAUGUUGGUUUAUAUGGGAUUGGCAUUCAGUGCCACUUUGGUAAAGACUCUGCACCAGAUCCAACACUUAUUAAGAAACGUUUGGACCAGCUUGCUACUGCGGGACUGCCUAUUUGGGUGACAGAGCUGGAUCUAUGGACCCACGACGAGAACAUUCGAGCUGACUGGUAUGAAACUGCUCUUCGAGUACUGUUCAGUCACCCAGCUGUUGAGGGCAUCAUUCUGUGGGGAUUCUGGGGUCCAGAUCAUUGGCGAGGUCCAGAUGCAGCUCUCGUGUCUGGUAAUAACUUUCAGUUCAAUGCUGCGGGAAAGAGAUACAUCGACCUCCUCUACAAGGAAUGGAGUACACACGUCACACACAAGGUGUCAUCAGGGACACAGUUUAACGUCAGAGGUUUCCAUGGUGACUACAAGGUCGUCGUCAAAUACCAUGGCAACCCGGUGAUGCAGCAGUCUUUUACCCUGGGGAAACAGGACAAACAAGUUAACAUCCAGAUCACCAACGUCAACCACGUCAUUCAGAUCCAGACAACACAGUCACCUGUCAGUCACCCAGUUUCAAUACAGAAUCCAGUCGAUCAUAUUGGUGAAAAUACAAUGGGUCACAUGACCUCUGGCUCAUCCAAUCAGAUGACGUGUAUGUCCAGAUACUCGGGAUUCACAGAAGUCGGAGAUGAUAAGGAGGCAGAAGUGUCCUGUCCAUCAGGAUAUGUUCUGACUGGGUGCUCGGGGAAAAUCAAGAAUAGUCAAGACACGCGGGACGGUGAGACUAUCAGUGUGGUCGGCGGGGUCGCUAAAUGCCAAGUUUACGAUGGAACCGGCACCACAGCACCGGCACAGGCAGUGGCGAGAUGUUGUAAACUGACGGGGCUCAAGUGUGACUACCGGAAGUCAGGGCCUUCACGGGACGUAUUGAACCAACGGAUUGAAACCAGAUGUGAGAACAACAUGUUUGCGACAGGAUGUUCAGCCCAUUCUUGGUUUGCAUUCAUGGACGGGACGUUCCCAACCACACACUCCUGUAUUGCCCAGAACUCGGAAAACCACGGCAAUGUAGAGGCGUCUGCUGUCUGUUGCUCUGCUCCCCAUCUCACAUGCCAGGUGAAGACCUCUAGUCCCUCAGGCGACAAGCUGGGAGAUCAGAGAGGGGUGUCAUGUGACCAGGGCUGGCAGCUCGUCGGGUGCUCGGCCUAUUCAGAGGAUGGGAAGCUUGGAGGGGCAUAUACAGGAGGUAAUCCCGAGCAGUGUAUCGCUGUGAACGGAGCUCAGCGACUGUACAACGAGAUGGGUGUUGUGGCCUACGCCACUUGCUGCCGUGUAAACUAAUAGCAACCAAUGAAUAAAAUAUCGCAUAUUG